AUGGCGGCAAGCUUCCUGCGGCCGCAGUUGAUGCGCUCGUCCAAAGCUGCCUUUGAGUGCGCCUUCUGUGCCCACCGCCGCUCUACCCAAUUCGCCAGACUUCGAUGUACUCGGUCGUUACGUCCUCCUUUAUCGAGAUUGUAUGCCACCGUGUCCCCUGGUGAUCCAAAGCCGCCUUCGGAAGACCCCGAGAAGCAGAAGAGGAAGCCUGAGAAUGCUGGAAAGGCCGAGAAACCCUCGGACGGACCUGGGAAAGAGGAUCCAAAUGCAGAGUCAGAGUCGAAGAAGGCCAGCACACAAGAAUUCUCUCCCCUCACGCUGGAAGAGAUCAAACAGAUCGACGAUGUUGCCCAAAUGAUCAAAACGGGUCUCCCAAAGGCCCAAGCUGACGCCGUGGACGAAGCUGCCGAGCUGAUGAAAAAGGGCGGAAUCCCCAAAGAACUCCGAGAAGUUCUGGAGGCGCGGCGAAAGGACCCCAGCAAGCGCAUUGACCUGGGUACCACGGUGCGUCUUGUGGGCCUCUUCACCAAGAUGUCACGCAUGACCCCCGAAGAGAUUCGACAAAAAUACGGCAAGAGCGAAACGUCCGAGGAAACUCCACUGUUCGAGCAGUCAAACAAGAGUGAAGAGAACAGUAAACAGCGCAAAGACAAGCAAAAGCAGCAGCAGCAGGGCGGACCCAGGGUUUACGAGUUCAAGCUCGACGCCAGCACCAUGAUCAUGACUGCUUUCAUUACCUACUACUUGUACCGUAGCCUGUAUCCUGGCGAGACGAGCCGAGAAAUCACUUGGCAGGAGUUCAGGACGACCUUCUUCGACAAAGGUCUGGUCAACAAGCUCACCGUCAUCAACCGAAAUCGAGUCAGGGUGGAAUUACAUCGUUCCGCCGUGGCCCAAAGGUACCCCGAGUCACCUGCCGCCCAGCCAAACUUCUAUUACUACUUUUCAAUAGGCUCGGUGGAAGCUUUUGAAAGACAUUUGGAUGAGGCACAGCAAGAAUUGGGCAUCCCGACGAAUGAGAGGAUACCCGUAGCUUACUCGGACGAAGUCCCCUUGAGCGCCGCCAUCUUCUCGUUUGGCCCAACACUUCUAUUUGUGGGUGCUCUGUUCUGGUUGUCGCGCAGAGCUGCGUCUGGUGCAGGUGGCCAGAGUGGUAUUUUUGGCAUCGGCAAGUCGAGGGCGAAACGAUUCAACCACGAGACUGAUAUCAAAACCAAAUUUACCGACGUUGCCGGCAUGGACGAAGCAAAGCUGGAAAUUAUGGAGUUCGUCUCCUUCUUGAAAGAUCCUUCGAAAUACCAGCGGCUGGGCGCAAAGAUCCCCCGGGGGGCCAUUCUGUCUGGUCCUCCGGGUACUGGUAAGACCUUGUUGGCCAAGGCGACUGCUGGUGAAUCUGGUGUUCCCUUCUUCUCUGUCUCCGGCUCCGAAUUCGUCGAAAUGUUUGUCGGUGUCGGUCCCUCUCGAGUGCGCGAUCUGUUCGCCAAUGCCCGAAAGAAUGCGCCGUGCAUCAUCUUCAUUGACGAAAUCGAUGCCAUUGGCAAAUCAAGAGCCAAACAAAACUUUGGUGGUGGCAACGAUGAGCGGGAAUCGACCCUCAACCAGAUCUUGACUGAGAUGGAUGGCUUUAACACCUCCGAACAAGUCGUCGUCCUCGCAGGUACGAACAGACCUGAUGUCCUCGACAAGGCUUUGAUGCGUCCGGGUCGGUUUGACAGACACAUUGUUAUCGACCGACCCACCAUGGACGGCCGCAGGCAAAUAUUCAAAGUCCAUCUCCGCAAGAUCGUCACCCACGUGGACAUGGACUACCUCACCGGCCGCCUGGCAGCGCUGACGCCAGGAUUCUCGGGCGCAGAUAUCGCCAACUGUGUCAAUGAAGCUGCUCUCAUUGCAGCUCGCCAGAACGCCGCGUCAGUCGAAAUGCUUCAUUUCGAACAAGCAAUCGAACGUGUCGUUGGUGGCCUGGAGAAGAAGUCACUAGUUUUGACGCCAGAGGAGAAGAAAACCGUAGCAUAUCACGAGGCUGGUCAUGCCAUCUGCGGCUGGUACUUCAAGUAUGCCGACCCCCUACUCAAAGUGUCCAUUAUCCCGAGAGGCCAAGGGGCUUUGGGAUACGCCCAAUACCUCCCUGCCGGAGGUGGUGACGUGUAUCUUCUGAACGUCAAACAAUUGAUGGACCGUAUGGCCAUGACAUUGGGCGGACGCGUCAGCGAGGAAAUCUGGUUCGACACUGUCACGAGCGGAGCAUCUGAUGAUUUCAACAAGGUCACACGGAUGGCCACGGCUAUGGUCACUGAAUGGGGUAUGUCUCCCAAGAUCGGCUACCUGCACUAUCGCGACGACGAGCAAAGGCUCCACAAACCUUUCUCGGAAGAAACCGCGCGAAAUAUCGACACAGAGGUCCGCCGGAUCGUGGAUGAAGCAUAUAGACAAUGCAAGGAUCUGCUGCUCGAGAAAAAGGAUCAGUUACAGGCUGUGGCAGAGGAGCUGUUGAAAAAGGAAAUGCUUGUCAGGGACGACUUGGUCAGGAUCCUGGGACCGAGACCAUUUGAGGAUCCAGGCGACUUCUCGAAAUACUUCAAUAAUGAACAGGGACACAAAAGCGCACCGCCACCGCCACCUACGGAGCAAUCAGGUCCGUCAGGAGAUAUCCCAGAACAACCAGCACCUGCAUUCAAGUCUCUCUUCAGAUAA